UUAAAUUUCUCAAAAAUGGCAGAUGACGAGGUAAACAAAGCCGGCUCUUCCUCUGAAAAUCUUGAAAUUAAAUUUAAAACGCGAAAAAGUAAAAGUCUACGGAAGAAGAAAGAGUCUAGUGACGAGGAGGAAACAGAAAAACUAGAAGAUGGUGACGAAGAUGUCUUAUCAAAGCUUGAGGACUUGCGUAAAGUACAAAAACUGCGAAACAGAGCGCACGGAGUGAGUUUAGUGGGUCUAGCUGUCGGUGAAAAAGUUUCUAAAAUCGAUGAGCUGUCAGUGGAUGACCCUUUUAAAGUGAAAUCCGGCGGCAUGGUUAAUAUGCGAGCAUUAAUGAGUGGGCAGGUAAAACAGACAGACGAUGCCUACGAUGUCGGUAUUGGAACUCAGUUUUCUGCAGAGACUAACACACGGGACGAAGAUGGGGAAAUGAUGAAGUAUAUUGAGGAGCAGCUGUCAAAGAAAAAGGGAUCUGCUGCGGAAGGAAGUGGCGCAGGUCAGAAUAGGUACUUGAGUCCUGAGGAGGCUGCUCUUCUGUCCGUUCCGGAACACUUGAGAGUUUCGUCUACACAGAAAUCAGAGGAAAUGUUGAGCAACCAAAUGCUUAGUGGAAUUCCUGAAGUUGAUCUUGGCAUCGAUGCCAAGAUCAGAAACAUUGAAGCAACAGAAGAGGCAAAGAUGAAAAUGUUGCGGGAGAGAAGCAGCAAGAAAGAUCUGCCUUCUCAGUUUGUUCCCACAAACAUGGCAGUUAACUUUGUGCAACAUAAUAGAUUUAAUAUUGAAGAGCCAAGCACGCUUGCAAAGAGGAAGCAAGAGCCAAAGCAGGAAAUUAAGAAGCCUUUUGUUGUUGGAAUGGCUGACGAAUCCGAGGGCAAAGGCAAGCGAGGGAGAGACGGCACUGACAAAGCCACUGAUGAUUAUCACUUUGAAAAGUUCAAGAAACAAUUUAGGCGAUUUUAAAAGAGACAAAAAUUUGUGAACAAUUCUGCACAGUUGGUAGUGCUGUGGUGGGGAAGAGAAAAGAGAAGCAACUUUAUCUUGUGUCCUGUUUUUAAUGAACAUUAAAAGUAGACCGAUAGUUGUUUAAAGGCACUUUGUGUAGUUUGAUGUA